AUGGCCGCAGAAACGACGAAGGCUCUGCGAGAGCUGAUAGACCACCACCAGCAGCCACAGGAUCAUGCACCGCUGAGUGAAGACGUGCUGAGGAGUGUGCGCGCCGUGCUGAUCAAGAAGCCGCAGCCGGGCGUCGCAGCAGCCACAGGCACAGACACAGACACAGGCACAGGCACAGACACAGGCACAGGCACAGGCACAGGCACAAGCACAGGCACAAGCACAGAAGCUGAAAAAGACGUCAACACCCCCGACCCCUCCAUCUUCAACACCCUCCUCCACACCGCCCAAACCCCAACCCUCACGCAGCCCCACCGCGCCCUCGUCUGCGACGUCCUCAGCACCUACCUCAUCCGCACGCGCACACCGCCGCACCUCCCCCUCCCCUCCCCGCCGUCCCAAUGGCCGCACGCCGCAGCAGCAGUCGUGGUCGCCCACUUCGACGACGCGGGGUCCGCGCUCUCGAAGGCGCUCAAGGACCUCCUCGCCAACGUCCUCGCCGCGCACCCCGCGCCGCGCCCGUUCGCGGAGCACCUGGCGGCAAAGCUGCUGGUCGCCGUGAAGGAGGGCAAGGGUGGGAAGGUGGGCUAUUAUGUGCUGGAGACGCUGCUGAGGAGGCGCUUGGUGACGGGGGGGUUUGUGCUUGGUGCGUUUCCUGGGGAGGAGGGGUUGGUGGGUGUGUUGCUGGGUGGUGUUAGGGACCGCACGCUGUCGCCGGUGAUUGGGAAGGCGCUGGUGGCGCUGCUGGGGGCGAGGAGGGGCGAGGUGGCGGCUGAGGAGGGGUGGGUGGGGGAGUGGAGUGGGGCGCUGAGGAGGGCGAUGGGGGAGGAGGACCUGAGGGGGAAUGUGCAGACGUAUGUGCUGCCGGGGCUGUUUAAGCUGUCGCCUGCUGGGUUUAGAGGUUUCGUGGAAGGGCUGGGGUUGGCAAGGUAUUGUGGCGGCGGGGAGGAGGAGAGCGUGGUGGUCAUGGAGGUUGAGGGUGAUGAGAGUGAGAAGAGGGAGUUGAUGAGUCUGCUUUGCUGCCUGAAGGUGGGGAAGGAUCUUGGGUAUGUGUCUGAAGAAACCGACGCCGACGCUCCAGAAGGUGCCAAAAAGAACACAAAAUCCUCCACAGAUACAACCAAGAUCACCGUCCCCACAUCAUUCACCGCCCCCCUCCUCUCGCACCCGCACCCCCACCUCCGCCUCGCCGCGUUCACGCUCCUCACCCACUCCCCCUCCCCCACAACGCCGCUCCCGUCCUCCUCCCUCGCAGCCAUCAAAGCCGCCCUGCCCCACCUGCACACCGAGACCGACGCCGAGGUACGCAACCUCACCACCCAGGCCAUCCGCACCCUCCUCGAGCGCCUCGCCGCCUCCUCCUACCACCUCACCAAGCUCGCCACAUCCACGCACCCCACGCACCCCUCCGCGGCAGCCAAGAUCACAGAGAUAAGUCACUUCGUGCAAUGGUACACCCACCACCACCUAACCACGCAGCUGUCGCCCUCCGCAUCCUACCAGCGCACCACAACGGCGCUGAAGCUGCUGACUACACUCCUCCUCUCGGGCCUUGGCUCCGCCGCCCCCUCCGCCGGCCCGAAGAAACACCUCAAUUGGCCGCCCGCCAUCACGGCCUCCACGGUAAUCUUUACGCCCGCGAUGCGCCGCGCGCUGGGGGACGCGCUGUUUAACCCGUUCGACGACGUGCGUGCGAUGGCGGCGGAUGUGUUGCUGCUUGCGCCGCCGGACCGUGGGGCCGUGGAGGCCCUGUUCGCUAAGGGCGUGAUGCGCGUGAAUGCGAGUGGGCGCGAGAGGGAUGCGGAUGGCGUGGCGAGGGUUGUUGUGCUGCUGUUUGAAGCCUCCCCAGCCGGUGAAGGGGGGGAGGUGGUGGAGAGGGUGCUGGGUAUGCUGGAGGGCUGUCUGGAUGUUGCGCGGCGGGACUUUGGCGCGGCGGUGCGCGGGCGGCCGGUGCAUGGGUUGCUGGCGGGGCUGCGGAUGGUGUUUGAGCGGCGUGGGGUGUGGGAGCGCGGGACGGUGGGGAGGGGCGUGGUGGAGAGGGUGUUGAAGGCGUGUGCGGAGGUGUGGGCGGUGGUGAGGGGGGUGCUGUGUGUGGAUAGUCCGGAGGGGUGUGUGGCGGGGGUGGGCGAGGAGGAGGAGGAUGAGGAGGUGAAUAGUCAGACGGUUAUGAGCUAUUCGUGGAGGGCCGUGAAGGAGGCGAGCUCCCUUCUCGCCACCCUCCUCUCCCACGCCCCCUACGACCCCACAUCCCCCACCUCCCUCCUCCACCACACCGACUUCCCCCCCGCCGGUGACCUCCUCCUCUCGCAACUCUCCCACAUCCGCCACCGCGGCGCCUUCUCCGCCGUCUCCCCCUCCUUCACAACCCUCUGCACCACCUGCAUCACCUCCCCCGACCCCACCCUCCACCCCCUCCCCGCCCAAUGGCUCUCCUCAAACCUCCACCUCAUCACAACCUCCUCCUCCAAAAUAACCCGCCGCUCCGCCGGCCUCCCCUACCUCCUCCUCGCCGUCCUCGCCUCCGAGCGCGACCCCUCCCGCCCCCUCCUCCAGUCCACGUUCGCCCACCUGGCGUCCAUCGCGGCGCUGCCCGCGCCCGCGACGACCGAAGGCGACAAGAUCGACCUCCCGCAGGUGCACGCGCUCAACUGCAUCAAGCACCUGUUCACGGACUCGCGGCUGUCGGCCGCCGUGGCGCCGCACCUCGGCGAGGCGCUCGCGCUCGCUGUCGGGUGCUUCGCGGCGCCGGUGUGGGCGCUGCGGAACUGCGGGAUUAUGCUGUUUACGGCGCUGCUCAACCGGCUGUUUGGCAGCCGGCGGCGGGGCAGGAAUGAGGACCGGGGCGCGUUGGAUGCGAGGGGGUUUUUUGGCAGGUAUCCGAGUGUGAAGACGGUGCUGCUGGGCGGGCUGAAGGGGAAUGUGGAGGCGUUGGAUGGGGUGGAUGUGGGGCUGGUGCAGAUGGUGUAUCCGGCGCUGUCGCUGGUGGCGCGGUUGGAGUAUAGUGAUGGGUACGAUGAAGAGAUGGCGGAGUUUGUUGGCUGCGUGCGGGUGGCGAUGGGGUGUCGGGUGUGGAAGGUGCGCGAGAUGGCGGCGAGGGCGUAUGCGAGCCUUGUUGGCGGGCCUGAGUGGCGUCUUGUUGUGGAGCGGCUGCUGCACGAGGCGGGGAGUCAGGGGAUGGGCAUGAAUGGUGCCCAUGGACGGCUGUGUGCGGUGCGGGUGCUGCUAGAGAGAAAGGCCCGCAGGGGAGAGGAUUUGACGGCUGUUUGGGCGGCGAUGGACGCCGUCUUUGAGGCGCUGGUGGUCGGGAAUCGGUGUGCGGUGAUCAAGGCCGUGUGUCUGCAGAUCAUCACGGAUCAUGGCUUGGUGACUGGCGCGCUGGCGGAGGGUCAUGCACUCCGCGAAAAGGUCUUAAGCUACGCCAGCACUGCGGAAAUGGCACUCGCAGAGAUCAAUAAUGCCGGCGUCGUCGGUCGCACGCUCUUCAAAACGCAUCUGACCGCCUUCAUGGUCGCCAAAGCGCUGCACCACCCCACCCCAACAGGCAUCACCGAACUGCUCACCCUCCUCUCAGGCGCCGACGAAGAAGCCGCCCUCUCAGCCACCGAGCACCUCCUCUCCUCGCCGCGCCAGCUAGACCUCACCCCGCGCGAAGCCGCGCUCCUCGACGCCACCCUCUGGACCCUCAUCACCGAGCACCCCUGGCACCAGCUGCGCACAGCAGCGCUCACCCUCCUCUCCCGCUACGGCACCAGCGACACGGCCCUCGAACCGCACUGGCGCGCCACCCUCGACCUGGCCACAACGCCGCCCACAGAGCCCUGCCAGCACGCGGCCCUCGCGGCCCUCGGCCUCCUCACGGCCCGCAUCUGGGCGCACUACCAGCACCUCCCCGACGGGUCCCAGUGGGCCGAAUGGGCCCUCGACCAACUGCUCAAACUUGUGACAGCAUCAAUCCACGAAGACCAGCCGUACCCGGCGCGCGAGGCCGCGCUGGCGGCGCUGAAGGCGCUGGCCCCGGUGCUGCGCUUCGACACGCUGUCGCUGUCGCGGUGGCGGUCGCGGCCCGUGGCGCUGCGCGGCGCGUAUCUGGCGCUGUAUGAGCUGCUCAACGACGACGACGAGGAGCUGCGCGACGGCGCGGCGGAGGCCGUGUGUAAGCUUCUACCUGGGCCUGGCGGGGCGGUGUCGUACAUGCCGCUGCGUGCGGGGGAUGCGCUGCUGGAGGCGAUGGUGGGCGCGUUUGGUGGCGCGGAGGAGUUCUUUGGCGAUGCGGUGGCAAGGGUGGGGGGUGUUGAGGUGGGGGGGGAGCUGGGGAGGUUGCUGGGCGCGGGGACGAUCCUGUUUGCGAGGGAGAGGCAGAAUUUGUUUGUGGAUGGGAGUGUUGAGGCGCGGCGGUGGGGCGGGGUUCUGGCGGCGUUGGAGGUGCAGGGGGAGGGGGGCAGGGACUUUGUGCUGUGGGUUGUGGGGGGGUUGGAUGUGUUUGGGAGGGAGGUGCGGGAGAGGGGGCGCGAGGGGGCGUUGGGGUGGUUGGCGGAUGAGGAGGUGUUUGUGGUGGGGGUGAGGGUGGUGGAGGGGGUGAGGGUUGUGAGGAGGUGGUGGGAGAGGGGGGAGGUGGAGGAUGUGUUGUGGGAGAUGGUUGUGAAGGGCGCUGAAGGGCUGGUGGCGGCGUUGGAGGAGGUGGGCGGGCAUGAGGGCUUGAAGGGGGCGUUGGGGGAGGUCCUGGAUGCGUAG